AUGGCGUUCUGGUUCAAGGCCUGGAACACCGUCAAACCGGGCUCCUAUACCGUCCCACAGAUAAACAACUACACCACUCCUCUCGGAGGCGUGACCGUGAUCCUCACGCUCGUGUUUGCCUGGUCCAGUGACACUUGGUUGAAGGGCCGUCGCUGGCCAAUGUUGGUGGUCGGCGGUGUGGUCACCGGCAUAGUUUGCAUUCUACUGGCCGCCACGCCCGUCUUCCCCCAAAACGAAGCCUUCAGAUGGUUUCUUUACUACAACACAAACUGGGCAUUCGCUGCCAACACCAUGUUUUGGUCCUGGACACAAGACACACUACCCCUGUUCGCUUUUAAAACGGUCGAUCAACCUGCGGUUGUCGGCGGCAACUGGGGCGCGGCGGGGAUGGCGUUUCUCUAUGCGAUCGCCGCCCUCACGCUUGCUCACAUUCAGUACAAGCGGGAGAACAAGAGUCUGGAGGCCGAGGUGGAGACGAGCAGCACGGAACACAGUGGCUGA